AUGAGGAAAAUAAAACAUCAAAGUUUCAUAAACAACACGAAUCCUUUGCCAAAGGACAUAGAAAACGUCACAGUAUCAUCAGCAACACUACCUAGGCCAAAGGACAUAGAAAACAUCACAGUAUCAUCAGCAACAUUACCUUGGCCAAAGGACAUAGAAAACAUCACCGUAUCAUCAGCAACACUACCUAGGCCAAAGGACAUAGAAAACAUCACAGUACCAUCAGCAACACUACCUAGGCCAAAGGACAUAGAAAACAUCACAGUAUUAUCAGCAACACUACCUUGGCCAAAGGACAUAGAAAACAUCACAGUAUCCUCAGCAACACUACCUAGGCCAAAGAACAUAGAAAACAUCACAGUAUUAUCAGCAACACUACCUUGGCCAAAGGACAUAGAAAACAUCACAGUAUCGUCUGCAACACUACCUUGGCCAAAGAACAUAGAAAACAUCACAGUAUCGUCAGCAACACUACCUUGGCCAAAGGACAUAGAAAACAUCACAGUAUCGUCUGCAACACUACCUUGGCCAAAGGAUAUAGAAAACAUCAACGUAGCAUCAGCAACAUUACCUUGGCCAAAGGAUAUAGAAAACAUCACAGUAUCAUCAGCAACACUACCUAGGCCAAAGGACAUAGAAAACAUCACAGUAUCAUCAGCAACACUACCAAGGCCAAAGGAUAUAGAAAACAUUACAGUAUUAUCAACAACAUUACCUAGGCCAAAGAACAUAGAAAACAUCACAGUAUCAUCAGCAACAUUACCUUGGCCGAAGGAUAUAGAAAACAUUACAGUAUUAUCAGCAACAUUACCUAGGCCAAAGGAAAUAGAAAACAUCACAGUAUCAUCAGCAACACUACCUACGCCAAAGGAUAUAGAAAACAUUACAGUAUUAUCAGCAACACUACCUAGGCCAAAGGAUAUAGAAAACAUCACAGAUAUAGAAAACAUUACAGUAUUAUCAGCAACAUUACCUAGGCCAAAGGACAUAGAAAACAUCACAGUAUCAUCAGCAACAUUACCUUGGCCAAAGGACAUUACCUUGGCCAAAGAACACAGAAAACAUCACAGUAUUAUCAGCAACCAUUACCCAGGCCAAAGGACAUAG